AUGUCUUCCAACGGCGCGGCAGACACCAACAGCGGCAACGGCGAGGCCGGCGCGGGGGACAAGAAGAGAGGAGACAAGUAUGCCAGAGCUCGUCCCCCGUCAUUGGUGCUGACGCACCCCCUCGACUCGGUGUCUGUGGCGCACCGCACCGACGAUCACGUGAAGCCGGCCAGCCCGUGGGUGCGGGAGUUGGACUUCGCGGACCGCGCCUACACCCCCCACACCGUCGCCGUGCUCCUGACGAUUCUCGUGGGUCUCUUGUUGAUGUUGCGCUACUACUACUACCCAAAUCUUAGCGUGGCGCAGAACGUUAAGCUCGGUCUCUCGGCGGCGGCGUUCGUGUUCAUCGGCUUCGGUACGGUGCACCUGCCGGACUCGCUGAUGGUGCGGCCGCACCCGGCGGUGUGGCGCGGCGUCCUCGCACUCGGGGUGCUUUACCUCGUCUUUCUCACGUUUAUGAUCUUCCAAGACCUGCCCACCGUGCGGAUGAUCAUGGGCUACUACGACACGUCGCUGCUGGAGCCGUUGCCGGAGCGAGCCUACGCGGAAGACUGUCGCAUGAGCACGGCCGAGAAUCCGUGGCUCUUUGUCCACACCGCCUUCGACAUGUUCAUCCUGGCGCACUCCCUCGGCUACGUCGUUAAGAUGCUGGUGUUGCGCGACUGGCGCGUCGUGACGGCCGUGUCGCUCGGGUUUGAGGUGAUGGAGGUCACCUUCCAGCACGUCCUGCCCAACUUCCGCGAGUGCUGGUGGGACCACCUUUUGCUGGACGUGUUGAUCUGCAACACUGGCGGCAUGUUGGUGGGGAUGUGGCUGCUGCGGAAGCUGAACGCGAAGGAGUACAAGUGGAUCGCGUUGAAGGAGAUUCCAACGAUGAGGGGGAAGGCGAAGCGGCUGCUGGGCCAGUUCGGACCCCGCAGCUUUGAGCGGUAUAACUGGAACGUGUUUCAGAGCCCGACUCGCUUCUUUCAAGUGGCCGGCAUUCUCGUGCUGAUGAUGGUGCAGGAGUUGAACUGCUUUACCCUGAAGGCCGUUUUGCAAAUGCAGCCCGAGUACCACCUCGUGACGGCGCGGCUGGCGUUGUGGGCGCUGCUGGCCACGUCGUGCCUGCGGGAGCUUUACGAGUACAUGACGAACCCGCACGUCAAGCGCAUCGGCACCAACGCCUGGGUGACCAUCCUGGGCAUCUGCGUGGAGUCGAUUUGGAUCACGAAGAUGGCAGUGGAGGGGCAUUACUUCCAGGACGUGGCCAUGCCAACGCACAUCGCCGUCCCGUGGAUGGCAGCCAUCGCCAGCUUUGCGGUGUGGCUCGUCUUGUACUUUGGAGUUCUCUCCAUCGAGCAGCGCAACCGUCGCCGCGGACUGGCGUACUGCUGCGUCAACGUCUUCUUUUACGCCGCGGCGUUGUGUAUUCUGGGCCUCUUCCUGAUGGGGCUGCCGGACUUGCAGGUCGGCCGACGCACGUUUGAGGCGGCCGUGGCACCCUACGAGAAGUACAUCUUCGUGUGGCGUUAG